GUGAUUAUAAAACUUUAUUUUCCCAACCCAGGCUGAAAGCCUCCUCCUUCUCCUUCUCCUUCUUCUUCGUUCUUCAAAUUCUUCAAUUUCUUCUUCUUCUCCAUUCUUCUUUCCUCAAUUAUGCUUGGUGACCCCGGCCAAAUGAUGAGCAGCUCCGGCGGCGGGGGAACUACCGAAGCUGCGGCGGAGAGCGGCUCCGCCACCGCUGCCGCCGCAAGUAACAGCGGUGGGAGCAGCGGAGCGGGGGCCGUGCCCGGUGGAAUAUUUGGCGAGGAAAGCGAGAGAAAUUCCGGCGGAAAUCGGUGGCCGAGGCAAGAAACUUUAGCUUUGCUCAAAAUUAGGUCUGAUAUGGAUGCCGUUUUCAGAGACUCCAGCCUUAAAGGCCCACUGUGGGAAGAAGUUUCCAGGAAAAUGGCGGAGCUGGGAUAUCAUCGGAGCUCGAAGAAAUGCAAAGAGAAGUUCGAAAACGUUUUUAAGUAUCACAAACGGACCAAAGAAGGCCGCACCGCCAAAUCCGACGGCAAGACUUAUCGCUUCUUCGAUCAGCUCGAGGCUUUCCACACUCCUACACCGGCCCCGCCGCCAAUGGUGGUCACGGCACCGGCUGGGAAUCCUUCGCGGCCGGUCGCGGCGGCGAUGCCUCAUCAGUUUACUGUUUCAUCGGGGCAAAACACGAGUCCCGCAUUUCCGGCGCCGUUGAGGGCGGCGUUUGCGCCGAUUCCGGCGGCGAACAAUGCGGCGUUCCCGGCCGGGAACGCAUUGUCGUAUUCGACGUCGUCGUCGACGUCGUCCGACGAGGAUAUCCAGCGGCGGCACCGGAAGAAGCGGAAGUGGAAGGAGUUUUUCGAGAGGGUGAUGGGGGACGUGAUCGUGAAGCAGGAGGAGAUGCAGAGGAAGUUUCUAGAAGCGCUGGAGAAACGCGAGCGAGAUCGGACGGUCAGAGAGGACGCCUGGAGAGCUCAAGAGACGGCCAGGAUUAAGCGCGAGCGCGAUAUUCUCCUCCAAGAACGAUCAAUGGCUGCCGCCAAAGACGCCGCCGUGAUUAAUCUCCUGCAAAAACUCUCCGAUCAAAACAACAACGUACUACAAAUCCCCUCAAUAACCAACAACUCAGAUCCAAUAAUCCAAAUCCAAGUCCAAAUACCGGAAACCCUAUCCACGCCGCCGUUAGCCCCACCGCCGCCACUCCCGCAACCCCAAGAACCGUCGCCGAUAUCCGUGGCGCCACCGGCAUCAAUGCCAUUCUCAAUCCAAACACCGACACCGGAAAAAACCGCCGCCGGCGAGAAUUUCACUCCUCCGCCGCCGCCUAGCUCCUCCCGGUGGCCGAAACCCGAAGUGCAAGCGCUGAUAGACCUCCGGACAAGCAUGGACAUGAAGUACCAAGAGAACGGCCCGAAAGGGCCGCUCUGGGAGGAGAUAUCCGCCGCAAUGCGGCGGCUCGGCUACAACCGAAACCCGAAACGGUGCAAAGAGAAAUGGGAGAAUAUCAACAAAUACUUCAAGAAAGUAAAGGAGAGCAACAAGAAACGGCCCGAAGACUCCAAAACCUGCCCGUAUUUCCACCAGCUCGAAGCUCUAUACACUACUAAAAAGGCCAAACUCGAGAUUAAGCCCGAAAGCAACCCAAACACGGCCCGGCCCGAACUCGCAAACGGCGACGACAACAACGUCGACGAUGACGGCGACUACGACGACGACGAAGACGACGCCGGAGGCUACGAGAUUGCCGCGAACAUGCAGUACAGUUUAGCUCAACAAGCAACCCAUUCACAUGAAGAAGAAGAAGAGAGAAAGUGAGAUCUAAAUCACGUUUUGAAGGCAAAUGGCGUCGGGAAUAGCGAGUGGGUCUAACAGAUUUUGCAGAAGGAUGUCAGAAGUGGGUCAGAGUUCAAGAAUUCCAGAUUGGGUUUCAGUGAGUAAGGUGAAAAACUCAAAAACAAAAUACAUUUUCAUUUUCCCUUUUUUUUUUCAUAAUUAAGUAUAUUAUAUUUAACUAGCGAUUAGUUUUGGUGUAACUUAAUUUCCAAUUUCAUAAAUUUUUUAUUAUUUCUCAAUAAUAGGGGAAACAAAUUAAAAAAGAAAAGAGAGUUUAGAGAGUUCAAAGAACAAAAAAAAAAAAGAAAAAAAAAAAAAGAGAGAACAAUCUUAAUUUGUACCCUAUUUUUGUUCUUCUUCUUUCUGUUUCAAGGUUGUAAAUGUGGUAAUUGGUUAUUCAAUGGUUUGUUUUAUCUGUUUAUUUUCCUUA